AUGCGUAGGCUACAAUCCCUCGAAGGUGGAGGCGAAGACAUCGAUAUGAAAGGAAUAAGGACAUUCUUGUUUUGGUGGGCAUCACGUGUUGGGAGAUUUGGAAAGAAAGAUGUUCUGCGAUUUUUGAGGGUCGUCCCCCCAAGCCCUUACUCUGUUAUUAGAAAAGUUAUUUCUUUAUGGGGAGAAUUGUGUCCUUCCUCGAGUGUUACUACUGGUUCUACUCCCUCUUUUUCUCCCCCCCAUGCUCUCUGGAGGGUUCCCCCACAUCCUUAUAUUAAGGUUAAUGUGGAUGGAGCUUGGAAAAAGGACUCUCUGCAGGGUGGUGUGGGUUGCUGCCUGCGUGAUUCUUGGGGCAAACUGUUGGCUGGUAUGAGUAAGGCUACUCUCCGGAACUCUGCGGUAGAAGUGGAAGCGGAAGCUGUUUUGGAAGGGCUAAUUCUAGCAAAAGAGAAAAAUUGUCAGAAAAUCAUUCUAGAAAGUGAUUCAAUGGAUGUUGUCUCUUGUAUGAGGAACGAAAAUCUGCGCGGCAAUUGGAGAAUCAUCCCUAUUAUCUUGGAGAUCAGGAGACUCUCUUCAUGGUUCACCUCUGUCAAAUGGGAAUGGGUAUCUCGCCAAGCAAAUCAAGCUGCUCAUGCUGCUGCAGCUCUGUCAAAUAUGAGGGUGCGAACUUUGCGUUGGGCCUCACAGCCUCCUCCCUCUAUGGUUCGGGUAUUGGCUAAGGACGGUUUGCCGUGCCCUCCUAGUAAUUAG